CCAACGCGAAGCGACAUCGAAAUUUCAUGAAUAGCUUCGCUUGCUUCGUGUCAAAAAGUGAAUUGGAUGUAACUGGGCAAAUAUUACAGUUUAUUGUUUAAACUUUAGUGAAGCCUUUAACAACAAUUAUUUUAAGAGUAUUUUAGUGUACAGCAACAAGUGUUCUAAUACAAAAUGAAACGAGGUUAUGACUCCAUGAACUCUUCGAUCGAAAUUAGUUCUUACCGUGACCAACAUUUUAAGGUUUGCCAAGGAUCCAGAAGUGAACAAGAGAAGUUACUUCGAACGUCUGCAACACUUUAUAUAGGAAAUUUGUCAUUUUAUACAACAGAAGAGCAAAUAUAUGAAUUAUUUUCGCGGUGUGGUGACAUUAGGCGGAUAAUCAUGGGAUUGGACAAAUACAAGAAGACUCCUUGUGGAUUUUGUUUUGUUGAAUACUAUGCUAGAGAAGAUGCGGAAAACUGUAUGAGAUAUAUUAAUGGCACAAGGUUAGAUGACAGAAUAAUCAGAUGUGAUUGGGAUGCGGGCUUUAUUGAGGGACGUCAGUAUGGACGUGGGAAAACAGGUGGACAGGUGCGGGAUGAAUAUAGAACAGACUAUGACGGCGGGCGCGGCGGCUAUGGUAAAAUCAUUGCACAGAAGAUCACCCCGAACACCAUAGAACGCCAAUGAUGGCAAAGAUGCAGUUUUGCUAUGACGUGUAAACUUAUAUUAUUUAAGUGUGAAAACAACUUAAGAAAGACUGGAAUGGAAUGUAAUUUAAAUAGUCGUAAAACUUAUAAACUAUUCUUUAUAAGUCAAACAACAUGUUUUAUUAAGAAAUAUUUAUUAAAAUCUCGUAUAAGCAUUUUAACAACUACAUGCAAGAAUAUUUCAUUAGAAAAAAAUAAGACGCAUUAAGAUGAAUUUUACAAAAUGAUGAGUACAUGUGCAACCAAAAGAAUGAAUUAAAAUUUACACCUCCGCUCACGUGAAGUAGGCAAUCUCAGCAAAUUGAAACCUUGAACCACUAUGGAACCACCUCUAAUUUACCAAUGGUAUAAGAUUUACAUAUUACAAUUCUCUACUAUACAUAGUUCCAGGUUCCAUUUGGUAAGCUUGCAUACUGUACUUAUUUAAUUAUAAGUUAAUAGAUACAAAUAAUCAUAAAGAAACUAUGAAACAAUAAUAAUAGAUGUAAAAAGACAUGUUUUUUAUUAAAACAUUAAAUACAUUUAAUACAUUACUGGAACA